GCAGGUUGGAAAAUGGUACUUGUGAAAACCACUUUGAUUUUAUUUAAGUUUAAUUUUUUUCUUAUGUGCGCUAAAUUUCAACCUUGGUAUAUUUUAUUUCUCUGGUUUUUUUUGAUAUUAUUACCAAAACAAUGAACGCUAGUAAAAUGGGGAAUUUCCCUGCAGAAGUUAAAUUAAUAGCUUCGUUUUUCCACAAGAGAUUUUGUUGUAGCUAUACGCAAGACGCUUUUUGAUGUCUUUAAAUUCGAAAUAUAAUCAAGAAGAAGGAUUUUCUGUCAAGCUGCAAUUAGAUUUAUCCCAACAAGUAAAAUACAUUUGUUUACUUUGCAAGAAAGUUUUAAAGAAUCCUGUGCAGACGAUACGUGGUUUGUUAGCUUGUGAAAGCUGCUACUACCGAAAUUUCAGCGCCAAUGGAGGAAUUAACUGCCCACUUGACGGAGAACCAAUUGCAAGAGAGGAAAUAUUUAAAGAUAAUGGUAGAGCUCGAGAAAUUCGAAAUCUUAUUUGCGCUUGUCCUUAUCGAAAUGACGGUUGCGAUUGGACUGACAUUGUCGGAAAGUUCGAGGAACAUCAAUACAAUUGCAACUUCUUACCUGUGGCAUGCAUUGCCUGUGGAAGACCUGUCGGAAACAGUCAGUACGUACAACACUUGCAGAGCAGGUGUGACAAGAUUGAUACCCUGACAGAAUGUGUGUAUGCAAUCGAUGGAUGCAAAUACAAGCCAAUAACAAAAGAUGAUCAUAUUAAACACUUGCACGAGAAUACGCUCAAGCAUGCUUCACUGCGCUUAUCCAAUCAGCAAAAAUCUCAGUACUCCUUUGCUGCUUUUCAACAAGUAGCUGAAGAGGUGUUACAGCAACAGGCACAAAUCAACUCGAUGAUGAAUCUAGUUUCUUCAUUACAUAACCAACUACAUGAAGCACGUGCAGACGAAAAAAUUUUAUUAAAAAAGGUUCAAAAUAUGCAAGCAAACAUUCCACAAGUUUCAGCGUCAAAUUCUUCUUCCCUUGAUCAAGAGAGGCUGAAAGAAAUCAAAAAUUUACAAUCUACAAUUGCUAUUUUAAAUAAAAACAUUUCUGAUUUUGAUUUACGACAACAGUUGCUUGAAAAUACAAAUUACAAGGGACGGAUUUUAUGGAAGAUUGAUCAACUGCAACAACGUAUGCAAUUAGCUCUUAUCGGACGUGUGACAGCUCUCCACAGCGCACCUGCCUUUACCCAAAAAUAUGGCUACAAAUUUUGUGGUAGGGUAUAUCUUAAUGGAGACGGUAUCGGUAAAUGUUCUCACGUUUCUUUGUUUUUUAUCUUGAUGAAAUCAGAGUAUGAUAACCUUCUGGAAUGGCCGUUUCAACACACUGUCACUUUCACUUUGAUUAACCAACAAGACGAAAAGAAGAAUGUGUUGGAAAGCUUUGCCACUGAUGUUGCAUCAUCAAGUUUUCAGAAACCUACAAGAGAGAUGAAUAUCGCUGCAGGCUGUCCGCUUUUCAUCCAACGCGAUCACUUAUUAAAUGGCGGGUUUGUUAAAGACGAUUGCAUUUUUGUUGAAAUUAAUGUACAGUAAGGGCUAUUUUCCACUUUAAGAAAAUUUUCUGCGAAACGAAACAGACAGGAACAGAAAGCUUCUGAUCAUGCGUGUACUUAAAAUGUUUACACCACGUGAACGGAAAUUUUCUUGUCCCCUCCGUCCUGAAAAAAGUAAAUCGAGUUCAAUUUUUUCUUUGCGUUGUGUACGGAAACGACAAGUAGAAAUUUAUCUGCUCUACUCUGCUCUGCUCUGUGAAAAGUUUUCUUAAAGUGUAAAAAAAACUUAACUUUAAUUGCAUCAAGUCAGAGUGACCACACUUUCUCGACACUGCUAUACUCUAAACAAUAAGACUAUAACAUAUCUGGUCUGAAAAACUAUAAAAAUAAUAUUAAGAAGUAAGAGUGUAGAGAAAAAAUGUUGAACAGAAACAAAAUAUAAGCGAAUUAUAAAACAUGCGACAGAAUUGCAAAAUUUUACAAUUUUUUUUCUCCGCAUUUAUCACUUUUUUUUUUGACUUUGUCUUCACAAAUUAUUGUACAACAUUGAUUUAUUAGGGGCUGUUCAUAUGGAGGCCGGCUGGCUCGGUUAGGCGGGCUGGCUCGGCUAGCCGGGGUGAUUUUCAUCUCGUGUUCAUAUGAAGUUUUUUACAUCUCGGACAGCCGGGAUGGAAAAGUUGUUUACAUUUCACAAAAGAUUCAUAAACAAUGAAGACAAAAGAAUGUAUAUUGAACUUUAAAUAAUUGAUGAGAAUUUUUUAAAACCUAUUGUUACUUUCAUCUCGCCCAGGCGCCCAGGCUGGCUUGCCUGUCAUAUGAACACAAUUUUUAUUUUUAUAUGCAUUUCUUAAGAAUAGCGAGAUCCCGCCUGACCGAGAUCUCGGUACAAACAAGCAAGAUCUGGGCAAGGCGCGCUGGCUUGGUUAUGAUAUGAACACAUUUUUAUUUUUUCAUGUGUUUCUUAAUAGCAGCAAGAUCCCGCUCAGCCAAGCCAGCCCGCCUCCAUAUGAACAGCCCCUUAGGCAUCUUGUUGCAAAAAUUUUGGUUAUAUCAAGAUUAAAAUUUCGCCUGGCAUGACGUUUCUAUCUCGUGCAGCAUAAAAUGGUAUAACGAUGGACACGCAAAGGAACAGAAUUUCCACAUCCUUUUUAUUACAACAAACAUUCUUCGCAAAUCGUUUUUUAUGUGGAUGAUACAGAGUUUUCCUAAAAAUUGCUAGUUGUUAGGUCGCGGAAAAAAACUAUUCAGAUUCGAAGCGUUACAGAUAUUUCAUGCAUCCCCAUAUUGUGUAAUUAUUAAAAAUACUUUUUAGCAAUACAAGAUACUAGUCGUUAGCCCGUGGAAAAGUCCACGGGUUCGCGCAGCUAAGGCACCAUUUUGCGUGAUAGACUGACAGACGUAUACGGGUAUUUUAAUAUAGAUAGUCGUUAGCCCGUGGAAAAAUCCACGUGUUCGCCCGUCCUUUAUAUUUACCCGUCGCAACAAAGUGGAUAAAAAUAUAUCGAAUUUGAUAUUCGUGCGCAUUUUAAAAAUUUCGUGUUUCUGUUACGGGACGCUGCUUUUGCGGACACAGACAGACGACGGCCAUUAUUAAAGAGACUAUCGUUAAUGCAUGGAAAAAUCCACGAGUCUGCCCAUCAGCAAUGUGUUUCAAACACAACAUAUUAUUAUAAAGAUGAGAACUUAAAAAUUUCUUUGAUAAAAAUUAAUAUUUUAACCAUGUCAUGUUUUAAUUUAAUAAAAUAGCAUUCCAAGACAAGGACUGAAAGCAGCCAGCUUGGACAAAUUAAGAAACAUUCUUUUAUUAUCAAACUGUCACGCAUCUGUAUUGCACUUUUAUAAGGUGUUAAAUGGCUUAGGGUUAGCUUAGGGUUUAGGGUAGAACCUUUUAUUUUUUAGCUAUAAUAGAGUUAGUUUUAACAACACCGUAUCCAAUUAAAUCUUUGAUUUUUCGACCUUCUUCAAUGUUUUAAAAGUCUAUUUUUAUCGUUUUUUUACUGUAAAUUCAGGGUUCUUUGCUUUGCAUACUGUACGAAAACAGUUGCUUUAAAGUAUAAUUAAGAAGCGUAGGAGGGUGACAGUGUACAGGAUACAUAUUAUUUUGCCACUAGGAACUCUUAACAGAAUAAUAGAUUUCUUUAUAAAACUAAAGUAAUUUAAAACAAAUAGAGGUAUUUUGGGCAAACUUUAGGCUUCUGAUAACGUUACCAAAAAAGUGCUAAUAUAAGCAAUAUACCUCGCGGCAGUUUUGUUCCUUUUAUGACAAACUAUAAGUGUGCCAAGUUUAAUGCCAUUAAAGACCCCCACCCCACAGAUUUAUAGGCCUAAAAAAACCAAUUUAGUUCGGAAAAUUUGAACGUUAGUUAUAUCGGGGAUUUACAUUUGAGAUUUCACUGUAUAAUUUGGCCCCUGCGCCUGUGCUUAAAUAUGUGUUUUGCGAUACGUGAAAGCUCACCUCGCGCAAAAAAAAAAGUUGAGCUCAUAUCUAAGAAACUUUUUAUUCUUUUGGAAAAUCUUUAUUGGUUGCGCUAAUUAUGCGAAAUUAUAACGUCACCAACUAGCUCUAAAACAUUAUUAAGCAUCUUCAUAGUAACUUAAUAUUAAAAAUUGAUGUAAAAUGUUCAAAACGCUGAACUGAAUGAUUAAAAAACACAUUUUAUACCCUAUAUUUGGCAAAACUGUUAAAUAAAACACCUCACUCAAACUACUUCAUGCUGUCAUGCAUAAUUAGUUGUCCAAUUCCAAAAUCUUAAGAACCAAUGAACUUGUUACGCUCUUCACAAAAGCAACUUGUUUAGUUAAAACGUGCUCUCUUGUAUGAUAUUUGUAAUGGUACAAUUAUAAAGUUAAGAACUGUAAAAAUUGUAAACAUUGUAAUGAACAGAUAUUUAGCUAUAAAUAUACUCGGUUAUUAUAUCCCGUAUUACACAAA